AAAGUCCUUCGAAUUGGACGCAGGCGGCUUUUCUUGACAGCCGCGGUUGCAUUUCCCCUUUUUUCAAAACUGGAGCCCUCAUCAGCGCAAGCGCCAUAUUACCGAAUCCGAACGUAGAUUUCGCAGCCCGACCUCCUCUCCCAUGGCGUGCUACUUUCCUGUCUCCCUCUUCCCUUUGAUCGCCUCCAUCACCUUUUUAACCAACCUCCCAAGUACGACAUAUGCGUUUCAUGCUCUUCGACCUCCAGCUCCCCUCUCGACGACGACAUCAUCCCAUUUACGCUCUUCCAUCCCACGAGCGCCUUCAUUUCGACGCGGCAUUCUGUCAAUUCCUUCCUCCUCCUACCCAUCAACCUGCUUGGAGGCCACCACCUCCCUCUCUCCUUCCUCCCUUCCAACUCCUUCAUCCCCCCUCCCGUACGAGGAGGAGCUCCUCGCCCUCCCUGAUGGCCUCACUGUCGCCGCCAAAGUGUGGGGCCCGGCCUCGGGCCCCCCUGUCCUCGCCCUGCACGGAUGGCUUGACAACGCCAACACAUUCGACCGACUGGCCCCUUACGUCGCCGCCGCCGGUUUCCGGGUCGUCUGCAUUGACUUCCCCGGGCACGGCAGGUCUUCGCACCGGUCCCCCGAUGCCGUCUAUGCCUUCACCGACUACGUCUAUUAUGCGUGGGCGCUGGCGAAGGCGCUCAAGUGGAAGAAAUUUCAAAUCCUCGGCCAUUCUCUCGGGGCGGGCAUUGGCCUUGCCUUGGCCGGGACAUACCCGGAGCUGGUCACGCGGAUCGUCUGCGUAGAAACCUUAGGAAUCAUCUCCAAACCCGCCGACUCCGCCCCCACCACCUUGAGAGAAGCGAUCAGGCAACGUGCCACCCUGGUGGAGGUCAUGCGCAAGUCGGAGGAGAGGGCGGAAGGGAAGAAAGGGGAAAUAGGGGUGGGCAACAAGGUAUACGCGUCCGUGGAGGAGGCCAUCCAGGCCCGUCUGAACACGGUUGGCAAGCUACCCGGAGCACAGACCUUGGAGGCCUCUUCGGCGGCGAUUUUGAUCGGUCGGGGAGCGGGGCCUGCCGCCACGCCUCAUGCGGCGGACCUGGUGCCGGGGGAGGGCGGGGGGGAGGGAGGGGUCCGCUUUCGCCACGACCAACGCUUGGCCGCCUCGGCGCACAUUUACUUGACGGAAGAGCAGUCCCGCGCGUUUUUGAUGGCAAGUCGAUGCCCGGUGUUGUUGCUUCGGGGAGAAGAGGGUUGGCCGGCGGCCUCCCCCGAGGAGGAAAUAUUGCGCGAAGCCGCUUUGGGCCCCCGGUUGACCGUGUUGAGAGUCCCGGGGAGCCACCAUCUGCACCUAGACGCCAGCACCUGCACUGAAGAUGCGGUGAUGCGGCCAAUAGUGAGGUUUUUGGAGGAAGGGAGGGAAGGGAUAUAG